AUGCCCUUUCUCUCCUUCAGAUGGAAUGCUAUCCAGUCUCAGAAUGAUAAUUUUGUUGUUUUCUUGUUCCUGCAGGCCAUUCCACAGAAGUUUGUGCAGAAUUUCAAAGGUCAGAUCUCUGAAGUUAUCAAGCUAGAAGCUACUGAUGGAAACAUAUACAAUGUUCAGGCUAUCAAGGAUCUAAACAAGAUAGUCCUCGGGUCUGGAUGGGGGGUAUUUGUCAGAUUUUACGAACUAAAAGCGGGCCACUUCCUGGUCUUCAGGUACAUCGGGGAUUCUCACUUCAAAGUUCUGAUAUUUGAUUUUGCAAGUUGCUGUGAGAAGGAAGUGUUCCAUGUUCUCAUGAACUGUGGUCCUAAUGCCCAAGAAAAAGACACUCGCCUUGAUCGAUCUCUGCUGGGUGAAAGACGAUGCCAGAAUGGUGGAUCAAGCAACAGUGAGUCCCAUCGAAGGUGCAAGCACUGCGAUGUGCAUUUAUAUUGGCAUCACAUGGAUGAUAGGCAGAAGCAUUUCUUGAGGUUCAUGGUUGGCGAUUUCCUUCACGAAAUGAACAUACCAGAGAAAUUUGUGAACAAUUUCAGAGGCAGGAUCUCUAAAGUUAUGAAGCUAGAAGCUCCUGAUGGAAAUGUAUACAACAUUCAGGUUACCAAUGAUCUGAACAAGAUAACCCUUACAUCUGGAUGGGCAGCAUUUGCCAGUGCUUAUGAACUAAAAGAGCAUGACUUGCUGGUGUUCAGUUACACUGGAAACUCUCACUUUAAAGUCCUAAUAUUUGACCCAAGUGGUUGUGAGAAAGAAUUAUUCCGCAUUGUCAUGAACCACACUCCUAAUGUACAAAAAAGGGGUAUAUCUCAUGAUGAGAUAUUCCUGAAGGAAACAAGGCGUCGAGACGGCGGAUCUCGUGAUAACAACCCUAGGAAAACUAAAAAGGUGACUCCUCUGGACUCUCCUUCACCGAAAUCAGCUGAAGGUCUCACAUCUCCGGAGAACACCAUGAAUUCAGGCGGCCCUCCGGAAACCAGCGAGCCUCGGUAUGUCCUAGCAACUGGAUGCAAUCUGACUACAGCGCAGAAGGGUCAAAUUGACGCACUUGUGAAGAAAGUUAGGCCUGUAAUUCCAUUUUACAUCACAGCCAUGAACAAGACAAGUAUUUCUGGAUCUCUGGUCAUCUGCAAGGAUUAUGCUGCCAAAUACCUUCCACAUGAAGACCAAUUCAUCACACUCUGCCAUCCUCGUAAGAGCAACAUAUGGUUAGACAAUUUGAAGGUUACCACUGAUGGUUCAGGCAUGCUUUCUGCUGGCUGGUCAAGCUUCGCUCUCCACAAUGAGUUGCGGGAAAGUGAUGUUUGUGUAUUCGAAGUAUCAAAAAGCGCUGGUGAAAUGACAAUGGUUGUUCAUUCUCUUGAAGGAGGCCAUCACCUACAAGGGAAAGAGCCUGAAUCUCAAAACAAGUGCGAUUAUCCUGUUAAGGGCAAGGCGAUUAAGGAAGCUGAGAGUGACCAUAAACAUGAUGAGUCCAAGUCCAACUACUACUACUCAAAGUAUGCCAAGGGCCUGAGCGGCGAGGAGCUAGAAGAGAUAUUCAGGUCAGCGUUGAUCCAACGGGGCAAUGUGGUAUACGUCACCAUCCUGGGGAAGAAUCAAGUUAGAAUCAAGAACAACUUGCUGACCUUCCCCGAGAAGUUUGCAGCUAAGCAUCUCGUGGAGAGGUCGCAUGACAUCCUGCUCCUGAGGCCCAACCGGAGUGAGACGUGGUGUGCGAGGUACUACUACCACCCGGAAAAACAGGGUUUCAACUACAGCUCCUGGACCAAGUUCGUCCGAGACAACAAGCUGCGCAAGGGCCACGUCUGUGUCUUCGAGCUGAUGAAGGGCGUGAGUAAGGUGACAAUGAUUGUCCACGUGUUCACAAAGGUCGAUGGCAGGUUCGUUCUGCUGGACUAACUGUCUAGGUUCCAGCCUAGUUGCAUCCUCCUUAAUUUGUCGUUGAAUAGAUGAACUGGGAGUAGCUCGUGUACCAGUAGAAACUAGUUGUGUAGCCGUACUGUGUGAAUGUUCAUCCUGAUUCGUCUGC